AUAUUAUCUCAAUUUCGUUCAUACCACAACACUGUUUCUGGCUUCUAAAAAGAAAAGCUCUCAAUAUCUUAUUUUUCUCUGCCACAGAAACACCUAGAAAUAACCAGAGAGAGAGAGAGAGAGAGAGCUAAAGGGGUUUCGAGUGAAGAUGAAGGAGAUGCAGGCAAUAGAGACGUCACAGCCGACGGUGGCUCCUCCGGCGAAGCACAGCCGACAGCUUGGAGCUCAGCUGUCGGGAAGCAUGAGUUUCAGCAGCCAAAUGUCGAAUGAAGACGAGGAGAUGUCGAGGACGGCUUUGUCUGCUAUCAUGGCGAAAGAAGAGGAGAUCGAGAAGAAUAAGAUGGAGAUUAGGGAAAGGGUUCAAGCUCAGCUUGGUCGUGUCGAAGAGGAGACUAAGCGUCUCGCUUUUAUCCGUGAGGAACUUGAAGGUUUAGCUGAACCCAUGAGGAAAGAAGUUGCUUUGGCCAGGAAGAAGAUUGAUUCUGUCAACAAAGAGUUAAAGAAUGGUUUAUCUAAGCUUGGAGUUCCCAGAAAUGUUCUGGAUUUGAUGUUUGAUUGGACCGGAGCUAACGAAGAUUACCUCAAGGUUCCAGAGGCUAAAGGGUCUAUUCAGGCUGUCCGUAACGAAGCUUUCUUCAUCCCUAUCUAUGAGCUUUUCCUUACUUACGGUGGUAUCUUCAGGUUGACCUUUGGUCCAAAGUCGUUCUUGAUCGUGUCGGAUCCUUCUAUUGCUAAGCAUAUAUUAAAAGACAACGCCAAAGCUUACUCCAAGGUAAAAAACAAUACACACUAACAAUUUAGCAACCAAUGGUCUUUAUAGCUUUACAGAUUGGGAUUCUAAGUUGCAGCAGACGAUGGUAGAGAUGUUUCCUUUAAGAUCAGCAGAUGCUGCUUAUGGAAAGAUCAAAGCUAUGCUCUCUACUCUUGGUGAUCCUUUUACUCGGAUCAUUAGCCCAAAGGAGUACCAAAGUUUCAGAAUUGGUAGUGAUGGGAACCUGCAAGGUGUUGGUCUGUUCAUAAACUCAGAACCAGAAACAGGUCGCCUGGUUAGUAACAAGACACACAUCUUGAUGAGACCAACGUAGCAUGAAGUAGAUAGAUGUUGUUUCAUGGUAGAGAGAUCAAUGUAGGUUGUUAUGUCUUGCAUAGAAGGUAGCCCGCACCUCAAACCAUGGACGAUUAUUUACGGUGCCAAAAGCAAAACGCUGAUCACAGUUUCACCGUUUCUUUCUCAUACAGCUUUGUUUUGUCUGUCUUUGACCAGAUUCGCCUCCCUAUUGAUGAAGACCGGUGAACACAAACGUCUAGGAGAAACUACGACCCGACCUGAGCUUACGCGCUCUCGAAGCUAGCCAACGUUCUCCACACCAUAGAGCUUUCCCGGAUUCUCCAUAAAAUGGAUGCUAAUGUAACUGUAAACUGUGUUCAUCCUGGAAUCGUGAGAACGCGUCUCAUAAGAGACGGCGGAGACGGCCUCAUCACUGAUUUUGUCUUUUUCUAGACCUCCAAGCUUUUGAAGUCUGUUCCUCAGGCAGCAGCAACGACAUGCUACGUAGCAGCGAGUCCAAGAUUGAGGAACGUGUGCGGCAAAUACUUUUCAGACUGUAAUGAUGGUUUUGUCAGCGUUCUUACGGAAAAUGGACACACUAAGGAUGAUCUCAAGCUCCCUACAGAUGAAUCUAGGGGUGGGCGUUCGGGUACCCGUUCGGGUUCGGAUCGGGUAUUUCGGAUUUUCGGGUAUUUCGGUAUAGAGGUGUAGGACCCGUUUGGGUAUUUCUAUACUUCGGGUCGGGUUCGGGUAUUUUUAGUUCGGUUUCGGUUAUUUCGGAUCGGGUUCGGAUAUUUAGAUUUUGAAAAAAAAUUAAAUUUUUCAUUUCUUAAAUUUCUUGUAUUUAAGAAUAUAAAUUUUACUUAA